AUGCAAAAUUUAAAAGCAUAUCCAGAGUAUAAAGACAGGGUUGAAUACAUUGAAGACAGACAAAACAAAACUGCCGUCCUCAGACUGCACAACGUCACUGAAAAUGAUGAGAGCGAGUAUUGUUGCAGAUACAUAAUUGAAAAAGAUAAAGAAAGAUGGAUUGAUCAACCAGGAAUUCAACUUAAAGUUUCUGCUCUUCAGGUAAAGGCACCACAGCUGGUGCUGGAGAAAGAAAGAGUCAAUCUGACCUGUGAAACCACAUGCAGUCUGACAGACGCAUUCAUCUGGUACAAAAAUGGACAGGCUUUAAAGAUCCACAGCGAAACACUCCAGCUUCAGUCAGAGCGCAGUGAUUCUGGCCGUUACAGCUGCGCCGUCAGAGGACAUGAACACCUGCCCUCUCCUGCUGUCAGCAUCACGCUCAUGUAUCCUCCAAAGAGUGUCUCAGUGUCCGUCAGUCCGUCUGGUGAAAUAGUGGAGGGAGAUUCAGUGACUCUGAGCUGCAGCAGUGACUCAAACCCUCCUGCUCUGAACUUCAGCUGGUUUAAGGAGAAUCAAAGCCCAGCUGUUGGAUCUGGACAGAGUUUCAUCAUCUCCAGCUUUAACUCCAGUCACAGCGGACGCUACUAUUGUGAGGCUCACAAUCAAUAUGGAUCUCAGAGAUCAGCGUCUGUUUCAGUCUCUGUUAAAGUUGUAGGACGUCUGGCGAUAUUAUACAUAUUCAUUGGAUUGAUUUGCGGAGCUGCAGUUGGCAUUGUGAUAUUUCUAAUUUGGCGAAGC